UAUUUCACAGUCAACAAAAAACAGGAAUAAGCUUGUUUUAUUAACACUCGUAUUUCUUAUUUGUUAUAUUAUAUUUGCUAUUGCGGACGAUAAAGGCGUUUUCCAGUUUGUUUGAUUACUCUUCAUCACGUGUAUUGUUAUAUAUUGUGUAUGGGUAAACGUAUAUAUAAGACUAGGCAGCACACCGCUGGGAGUCAGCUGAGAUUUCGAUGACAAUUUUGAUUUAAAUUUGACUUCAAACGUGCUGCUUGAAAAUGGGUCACUUCAAUGAAAAGCUUCCUUUCAUUUUGGUGAUAUGCGCUCUGAUCGUUCCUGCAACACCAUGCUGUGUGUCGAGUUCAACCAUUGUGAACUUACGCAAUGGGACAGUGACAGAUGGUGGGGUAGGCGAAGUUAUCAAUAAACCAGAAGGAACGCCUUCGUCCGCAACUCCGUGCAACCUCAGAGCACUUAUCAAAGUAACCUUUGACAAGUUGCCCUCGUGCAUUACCGGGUGUGCGAGCUAUCCUCUUUGUGGACGACGAAUGUUGAGAAUUGACCUUGACCUUAGUUCCGGUAGUCGCUCAGGUUUCAUGUUCAAUAUUGGAGACAGUGUCAGCAACGAUGGUUACAGGGGAGACUAUAAUGACCAGUUUCAUGAUUCUGAAAUCGACUCCAUCCCACCAAACGUCUACGUCAGACCGAGUGACGUAUGUCCAAACCAACCGCUCCUCGCCACGUACACCGACGCCGUGAAAUCCGGAUCGGUAAGUCGCGUGACGUUGUUCAUCAGCAACGGGCACGUACGAAUCACAAACAGCAACGGUCUCAACCAGAAGUUAUGUGACCAAUGCCUGUUUGCUCUGAACGGACAGGCCGAUCCGAGUUAUGGAGGAGCGAAUGAGGACAUCUACAUUGCUCUCAACCGGGUGAUUACCGGCAGAUCGGACCGCUACGGAGUCGGCGUCUGCUCUGCUAAGCUGUCAUGGGUGUGUCCUGAGUUUUUUUGAAGCCGUUUCGUUGAAGAGAGCACGCUACCGAUGCUAACAAUAUUUACUGUUUUUCUUUGCUUACAAUACUAGUCUACCGAAUUUCCUUGCAAUUUGAUUUUUAGUAUGUAUGUAUUGUUUCCAAACUGUUUAAAAAAGCACGAAUUUAAAACAUAAAAUGCUUCCAGAUCUAAGAAUGUAGAAAGUUUGCUAUUUCCGUCAUAUUUAAGAAACUGCGUUUGUAUUCGCGACUGUGUUUAAAACGAAUUGCAAAUAUAACUACACAAUCUGAUUCAUAAAACCAAAAGUUUCA